AUUUGAAUGAAAUAAUCAGCAAAAGAACAAUUCUCAACUUCACGCCAACCUCGAUCAUGGAUGUCGAUUGUAAGAUAUUGUAUGCCUUUAGAGGUUGGAUAGGCUUCGUAGCAUUUAUGGAUUUAGGAAUAACAGCGAAAAGCUUUAUAGAGGGAAGAUCUUUCCUAACCAAGAGUCUGCUGGAAUACAAGGCUGAGGAACAUACCAUAUCUAGAAUUUUAGGCAUGUUUGCCCUACUAAAAGCGGUAGUUUUAAUUUACAGCACGUUGUACAUUCAUUGCAAGCCUGUAGUCGAUUUGGGUAGAUGGUCGUUGGCCAUUGCCAUUCUACUCUAUUUUAAUGAGACAUUUUGCCAUCAUGCCUCCACCUUGAACCCGACAGUAAUCUUUCCCUGUGUCCUUAAUAUAGUCACGUUGAUGGGAAUGCUCUACUUGCCGGACAAAUUAGAUAUAUGGGGAUUGCGAAUAGGGGGUGUAGAGGACAAUGAUCAAUUGCUGAAGCAAAUUGGAAAUGUGAGAAGGCGAAAGCCUAUUAAAAAGCUUUGAGUGACUGAGUUGGAUGCUCACUUUGAUUUACAUUCAAAGUAAUAUACAUAUUUAAAAAAUCGUUACCAUGUUAAUAUAAAUACCAUUUUAUGGCAAACUA